AUGUUGGUUGUGAUUGUAGGGGUUGCGGCUACGUGGUGUUGGGUGGGUGUUGGGUGGCAGGUGUGUUUUGUAAUAAGUGCAACAACUUCUCAUGGUUGCUACGUGGUUUGGGUGUUUUUCUGGGAUAUUUGCUUUGUCCUUAAGUUACGUAAAGGCUGCUUGUAUGGCAAACCGGACUGGUGUUUACAAACACCAUACCCCUCUCUCUCUUGCCGACAAGCAUCCAAACCUCCAAAAAAACCCCAUAAGCUCGGGAGAAGGUGGUCACUUCCCCUCAUCCCCUCAUCCCUUCCUCUACUCUUGUCUCUUCCCUCCGCCUUUCUCUUUCCUCCUUCCCUAUUCCUACCUCAAUUUCUUUAUCUUCUUGCUGGGUGUUUCCUCUUGGGGGAAAACCUUGACUGGGUUGUGGUGAAGUUGGAUUAUUUGGGCGGGUGUGCCAAGAUCUACUUGGAUCUUGGGGUUGCGGCACCACAUGUUGCGGCUACGUGGUGUCAGGUGGCUGGUGUUGGCCUCUGUCUCGACAGAGGCGGCAACAUCGAUUUAGGUAAACACAAUAGUCAAUGCUUGUGUCACCAUUAUUUGGUGGAGUACAUAAGCGAUGCAAUGCAAGCAUGCUUUGACAUAUUUGUCAAUGGUCAUGCACACUCAAGAUCUAAUAUUUUGUCAACAAAAUCAUUACCAAUUAGGUUGUUUAUGCCUAAAUUUGGUUCAACAACAGGAUGA